AUGUUACAGUUAAGAAGAAAUGUUGAAGCAAGAAAAGCUAAGAAAAAACUAGGUUCCAAUAGAGAUUCGGGAAAUAUGUCUAGCUCAUCAACUCAGAAUGGAGUUCAAUCUUCAGCUGGGAAUGAAUCUACAUUAGAUAUUACAACGGGACCAGAUGGUAAAGUUUUUGUGGACAAUGAUCAUUCAAUGGUUGAUCUAGAAACCAAUUUUGGAACAAUCAAUAUAAUAUUUGAUAAAUUAAAGAGUCCGUCCGCACAAGAAAGGACACAGGCUUCUCUUGAGCUGAAGGCAUCGUUGAUUUCUGUUGCCAGAGAGAUAUCAACAGAACAAUUUCAAAGGUUCAGCAACAUUUUAAAUAAUAAAAUAUUCGAGCUUAUUCAUGGUUCAGAUUUGAACGAAAAAAUGGGAGGCAUCUUAGCUGUUGAUACAUUAAUUGAUUUUUACGUGCACACCGAGGAAUUACCUAACCAAACAUCAAGAUUAGCAAAUUAUCUUCGUGUAUUGAUCCCAUCAAACGAUACAGAAGUGAUGAGAGCUGCUGCUACAACCUUAGGUAAAUUAGCCAUACCUGGUGGAACAUUAACAUCUGACUUCGUUGAAUUUGAGGUUAAAACUUGCAUUGAAUGGUUGACAACAUCACCAGGUAACAAUUCUUCAAGCUCAAAACAAGAACAUAGAAAACAUGCUGCAUUGUUGAUUGUGACAGCAUUAGCAAACAAUUCACCAUAUUUAUUAUACCCCUAUGUUAAUUCAAUUUUGGAUAAUAUAUGGAGAGCUUUAAGAGAUUCUAAAUUAGUUAUAAGGCUAGAUGCAGCAAUCACAUUAGGUAAAUGUUUAUCUAUUAUUCAGAAUAGGGAUUCGACAUUAACAAAGCAAUGGUAUGAAAGACUGUUUAAAGGAUGUAUAUAUGGUUUAAGCUUAAGUUCAAAUGAUGCUACCCAUGCAACGUUACUUGUAUAUAGAGAAUUAUUGGCUUUGCGAGGUUCCUAUUUAAAUGGGAAAUAUGACGAAAUAUAUUAUUCAACGAUCAAAUAUAAAGAACAUAAAUCAGAUGUGAUUAGAAACGAAGUGUAUGCGAUUAUUCCACUGUUGGCUUCUUUUAAUCCACAUCAAUUUACCACGAAAUAUUUAGACCAAAUUAUGAUAUACUACUUGAUGGUUUUAAAAAAUUUAAAUGCAAGUAGUACAAAUAUAGCUGAUAAACCGUUUAUAUUAAUAUCUAUCGGUAAUAUUGCAUCAGAAGUUGCUGGCAGUAUUACACCAUUUUUAGACGCAAUUUUGGGUAAUAUAAGGGAUGGAUUAAAAACCAAAUACAAGAAUCGUAAAACUUUUGAAAGAGGACUAUUUUAUUGUAUAAGUAAGUUAGCAUCUGCUGUCAGGGGAGCAUUGGCAAAGCAUUUGAAUAAAGAUAUCUUAGACUUAAUUUUAGCAUGUCAAUUAUCCGAUUAUAUGCAAGACACACUAAUGACAUUAAAUAAAAUGAUCCCCGCUUUACAGCCCACUAUCAAUGAAAGAUUAUUAAAUCUGUUAUGUAUAUAUCUAUCAGGAGAAGAAUUUCAACAACCUGGUUCUCCCAAUGUUCAAAAGUCAUUUUCAUUAGCGACAGCUCGUGAUUGGAGAGAUAAAACAAUUUUUAAAAAGACUGGGGAAAUCAAUGACGAUGACAAUGACGCAAGAAUUUUAACACAGACGUUUCGUAUGCUACAGACUAUUGUACACAAAUAUUCAUUAACAGAGUUUGUCCAAAUUGUUACUAUUUCAUAUAUUGAGCAUCAAAAUCCAUUUGUGAGAAAACUUGCUGCCUUAACAUCGUGUGAUUUGUUUGUAAAAGAGGAUAUCUGUGAACUCACUUCAUUACAUGCCUUAAAUUCUGUUUCAGAAGUUUUAAGCAAAUUAUUAGCACUUGCCAUUACCGAUCCAGUUGCAGAUAUUAGAUUUGAAAUUCUUCAACAUUUAAACUCUAAAUUUGAUCCUCACUUGGCACAACCUGAUAAUAUCAGAUUAUUAUUUAUGGCUUUGAAUGAUGAAGUCUUUGUCAUUCAGAUGGAAGCUUUGAAAAUCAUUGGUCGUUUAACGUCAGUGAAUCCUGCAUAUAUCAUACCAUCUUUAAGAAAGACAUUGUUAGAACUUCUAACUCAGUUAAAGUAUUCUGUUAAGCCAAGAAAAAAUGAAGAGAGUGCUACAUUGUUAUGCACACUUAUCAGCUCAAGUAAGGAAGUCACGAAAGCAUACAUUGAACCUAUUCUUGAUGUUUUGUUGCCAAAAUCACAAGAUAGUUCCUCAGUUGUAGCAUCUACUGCUCUGAAAACUGUUGGUGAGUUAUCAGUUGUUGGUGGAGAAGAAAUGAAACAAUAUCUAGAUGAUUUAAUGCCGAUGAUUAUUAAUACGUUUCAAGACCAAUCAAACUCAUUCAAAAGAGAUGCUGCACUAAAAACAUUAGGUCAAUUGGCGUCUUCAUCCGGUUAUGUCAUAGAGCCGUUACUGGAAUAUCCUGAACUGUUAGGUGUACUUAUUAGCAUCUUGAAGUCCGAGAGUUCAUUAAAUAUCAGAAGAGAGACUGUCCGUCUAAUUGGUAUUUUAGGUGCUCUUGAUCCUUACAAACACAGAGAAGUGGAAGUGACAUUGAAUACAAAGAUAAGUGUUGAACAAAACGCCCCUUCGAUUGACAUUGCUUUGCUAAUGCAAGGUAUGUCUCCAUCAAAUGAAGAAUAUUAUCCUACUGUUGUGAUUAACACCGUGUUGAAAAUUCUCCGUGAUCCAUCUUUAUCUACUCACCAUACUGCAGUUAUACAAGCAAUAAUGCACAUAUUUCAGGUAUUAGGGUUACGCUGUGUUUCGUUUCUUAGUCAAAUAGUUCCAGCGAUAAUUAAUAUAAUGCACACAUGUCCACCUUCGUUAUUAGAGUUUUACUUUCAACAAUUAGGUUUACUAAUAAAUGUUGUUAAGCAGCAUAUUAGACCACAUGUAAAUGAAAUAUAUGGGGUGAUCCAGAAAUUCAUUCCUAUUAUAAAACUUCAAAUUCCUAUAAUUGCUGUUAUUGAAGUUAUAUCUAAAUCGAUGGAAGGGGAGUUUAAGAAGUUUGUCCCACAAACUUUAACUUUUUUUAUAAAUAUUCUUGAGAAUGAUAAAUCCCCUAAGAAAGCUGUAUCGAUAAGAAUUUUGAAGUCAAUAGUGGUAUUUAAUUCUAACAUUGAAGAUUUUUCACAUUUAAUUAUUCCAACUAUAGUUAGAAUGUCAGAAUUUUCACAUGGAAAUUUGAAAAAGAUGUCUAUUGUCACUAUAGGUAAGUUAGCAAAAUCUAUUAACAUUUCAGAGAUGUCAUCCAGAAUCGUACAGACAUUAGUCAGGAUAUUAAAUAAUGGUGAUAAUGAACUAACAAAAUGUAUAAUGAAUACUUUGAGUUUAUUAUUAUUACAAUUAGGUACUGAUUUUACUGUGUUUAUUCCCGUGAUUAACAAAUCAUUAAUAAGAAAUCAUAUCCAACACAGUAUUUAUGACCAGUUAGUUAAUCAAUUAUUAAAUAAUGAAGGUCUACCAACUAAUAUUGUGUUUGAUAAGGAAUAUGAUACACCAUCAAAGGAUGUUGCUGAAAUUGAAUCUCCUCCUGCAAAGUUGCCUGUCAACAAGCAGGUUUUGCAAAAUGCAUGGGACUGUAGUCAACAAAGAACUAGAGAAGAUUGGCAAGAAUGGAUAAGAAGAUUAUCGAUACAACUAUUGAAAGAAUCACCUUCGCAUGCACUUCGUGCUUGUUCUAAUUUGGCAGGUAUCUAUAAUCCUUUGGCUAGAGAUUUAUUUAACGCUUCAUUCUCAAGUGUAUGGACCGAACUGUAUUCACAAUAUCAAGAAGACUUGGUUAAUUCCUUGUGCACUGCUCUAUCAUCUCCUCAUAAUCCACCUGAAAUACAUCAAACGCUUUUAAAUUUAGUUGAAUUCAUGGAACAUGAUGAUAAGUCAUUACCAAUUCCUAUUCAAGUUCUUGGUAAAUAUGCUCAAAAAUGCCACGCGUAUGCUAAAGCUUUACACUAUAAGGAAGUUGAAUUUAUACAAGAACCCAGUACCUCUACUAUUGAAUCACUAAUUAGCAUCAAUAAUCAAUUACAUCAGACUGAUGCUGCCAUUGGUAUAUUAAAGCAUGCCCAACAACACCACGAUCUGCAAUUAAAAGAAACUUGGUAUGAAAAACUUCAACGUUGGGAUGAUGCAUUGAAAGCAUAUACGAAGCGUGAAGAAGAAGGUGAAGAUUCGCUUGAAGUCAUGAUGGGUAAAAUGAGAUCACUACAUGCACUUGGAGCUUGGGAGAAAUUAUCCACCCUUGCUGAAAGUAAAUGGUCAGGAUCUAAACUAGAUGUCAAAAAAAUCAUGGCUCCACUUGCUGCUGGUGCUGCAUGGGGUCUUGGUGAAUGGGAGAGGAUUGAACAAUAUAUCAAUGUAAUGAAGCCUCAGUCUCCUGAUAAAGAAUUUUUUGAUGCAGUUUUAGCUGUUCAUAAAAGUAACUUCAAUGAGGCUGAAAAACACAUUUUUAAUGCUAGAGACUUACUAGUCACUGAAAUUUCUGCUUUGAUAAAUGAAAGUUAUGACAGAGCUUAUGGUGUUGUCGUAAGAGCCCAAAUAAUAGCCGAGUUAGAAGAAAUUAUUAAAUAUAAGAAGUUACCACCUGAUUCUGAAAAUGCCAUUGUUAUAAGGAACACAUGGAAUAAAAGGUUACUAGGUUGUCAGAAAAAUGUAGAUGUUUGGCAACGUGUCUUAAGAGUGCGUUCUCUGGUAGUUAAGCCAAAACAAGAUAAACAAAUAUGGAUUAAGUUUGCAAAUUUAUGCCGCAAAUCUGGUAGAAUGGGUUUGGCUAGAAAAGCUUUGAAUUCUUUGCUAGAAGAUGGAGGUGAUCCGGACCAUCCAAAUACUGCAAGGGCACCACCCCCUGUCAUUUAUGCUCAAUUGAAGUAUCUAUGGUCCACUGGGUCUCAAAAGGAUACAUUAUUGCAUUUGAUUGGAUUUACAUCAAGAAUGGCCCACGAUUUGGGUUUAGAUCCAAAUAAUAUGAUAGCACAAAAUGUUAUGAAAAGCAGCACAAUUGCACCUGAGCAUGUUGAUGAAUAUACAAAAUUAUUAGCUAGAUGUUUCCUAAAACAGGGUGAAUGGAGAGUUCAAUUGCAACCAAAUUGGAGAGUUGAAAAUCCGGACGCUAUUUUGGGCUCAUACUUAUUGGCAACACAUUUUGAUAACAAGUGGUACAAAGCAUGGCAUAAUUGGGCUUUAGCUAAUUUUGAAGUGAUCUCUAUGAUUUCGUCAAGUUCAUUAGAAAAAGUAAACGUGUCAUCUGAAGCAUCUACUAAUAUGAUGUAUAAAAUUGAGAAUAAUUCCAAGGAAUCAGAUAUAAAAGAUAUUCAGAAAGAAGCCUUUCCAGCGGAGCUCAUUCAAAGACACGUUGUUCCGGCCAUUAAGGGUUUUUUCCAUUCAAUUUCUUUAUCAGAAUCCAGUUCAUUGCAAGAUACAUUGAGACUAUUAACAUUAUGGUUUACAUUUGGUGGUAUUCCAGAAGCUACACAGGCGAUGCAUGAAGGUUUCAGAUUAAUUAAAAUAGAUAAUUGGCUGGAAGUUCUUCCACAACUGCUUUCUCGUAUUCAUCAACCUAAUCAAGUAGUCAGCAGAUCAUUAUUGUCAUUAUUAUCUGAUUUAGGUAAGGCACAUCCUCAAGCACUUAUCUAUCCGUUAACUGUUGCCAUUAAAGCUGAAUCUAUUUCGAGACAGAAGGCAGCUUUAUCAAUUAUUGAAAAGAUGCGCAUGCACAGCCCUACACUAGUUGAUCAAGCGGAGUUAGUCAGCGGUGAAUUAAUUAGAGUUACAGUACUUUGGUAUGAAUUAUGGUAUGAAGGUUUAGAGGACGCUAGUAGACAAUUUUUUGGUGAACAUAAUACUGAAAAAAUGUUUGCUACUUUAGAACCACUUCAUGAAAUGUUAAGAAGAGGACCAGAAACUUUACGUGAAAUAUCUUUCCAAAAUUCGUUUGGUAGGGACUUAAAUGAUGCAUAUGAGUGGGUGAUGAAUUAUAAGAGAAGUAAGGACAUUAGUAAUUUAAAUCAAGCUUGGGAUAUCUAUUAUAACAUUUUUAGAAGAAUUAGCAGACAAUUACCACAAUUGCAAGUUUUGGAAUUACAACACGUGUCUCCGAAGUUACUAGCUGCUCGUGAUUUAGAACUAGCCGUACCUGGUACUUACCAAGCCGGUGAACCUUUAGUUAGAAUUUCUAGAUUUGAUCCAGUAUUAACAGUUAUUUCUUCUAAACAAAGGCCACGUAAAGUUACUAUUAAAGGUAGCGAUGGUAAAGAUUACUUAUAUGCUCUGAAGGGUCACGAAGAUAUCAGACAAGAUAAACUAGUUAUGCAAUUGUUUGGUUUGGUGAACACCUUACUACAGCAUGACCCAGACUGCUUCCAAAGACAUUUAGAUAUCCAAAAAUUCCCAGUCAUCCCAUUAUCUCCAAGAUCUGGGUUAAUUGGAUGGGUUUCAAACAGUGACACAUUGCAUGUGUUGAUACGUGAACAUAGAGAAGCUAAGAAAGUUCCACUUAAUAUAGAGCAUUGGGUCAUGUUGCAAAUGGCACCAGAUUAUGACAGCUUAACCUUAUUACAAAAGGUAGAAGUUUUUACAUAUGCUUUGGAUAACACUAGAGGUCAAGAUUUAUAUAAGGUUUUAUGGUUGAAGAGUCGAUCAUCUGAAUCUUGGUUAGAAAGAAGAACUACAUAUACAAGAUCAUUGGCCGUCAUGUCUAUGGUCGGCUAUAUAUUAGGUUUAGGAGAUCGUCAUCCAAGUAAUUUGUUAUUAGACAGGAUAACUGGUAAGGUCGUUCACAUCGAUUUUGGCGAUUGUUUUGAAGCAGCAAUAUUAAGAGAAAAGUAUCCCGAAAAAGUUCCAUUCAGAUUAACGAGGAUGUUAACAUAUGCGAUGGAAGUUAGUGGUGUUGAAGGUAGUUUCCGUAUAACGUGUGAAAGUGUUAUGAGAGUUUUAAGAGCAAAUAAAGAUUCUCUGAUGGCAAUAUUGGAAGCUUUUGUGUACGAUCCAUUGAUUCAUUGGGGGUUUGAUCUACCCACUCAGACAAUUAUGGAAAGUACAGGUAUUGAAUUUCCUAUUUUAAACCCAAGUGAAUUGUUGAGAAAAGGUGCUAUUACCGCUGAAGAAGCCUCAAAAAUGGAACUUGAACAGAAAACGCAAAUUAGAAAUGCACGUUCAAUGUUAGUACUUAAAAGAAUAACAGAUAAAUUGGCAGGCAAUGAUAUACCUAGAUUUACAGAAUUGGAUGUUCCUGAGCAAGUUGACAAAUUAAUUCAACAAGCAACAUCUGUUGAAAAUUUAUGUCAACAUUAUAUUGGUUGGUGUCCAUUCUGGUAA